AUGGAAUCUGACCCGAAGCCCUCGGAUGGGCAAACGUCGCUUUUCCAGGUCUACCUGCGGCUUAGGCCGCCGAUGAACAAGAAAGAAGCAAACAAUACUCCAAAGCAGGAAUACCUCACGGUCGAGCGCCCGGAGCCCCAAUUGUCUGAAGAUGGUGGGAACCAAAGCCACCCCUGGCCCACCCAUAUCACGUUGCAGCCACCGAGCGAUUCGAGAAAACGAGCUGUUGAGAAGUUCGGGUUCACAAAAGUGUUUGAAGAGAAUGCCUCGCAAUUGGAGCUUUUUGAGGAAGUUGGGAUGCCCAAUCUAAUAAAAGGUGUUCUUUGUGAGGGUAGAGAUGGCCUGGUUGCUACUUUGGGUGUAACUGGGAGUGGAAAGACGCAUACUAUCCUUGGGUCAAAGUCACAGCGCGGAAUAACUCAGAUGUCACUCGAUGUCCUCUUCCGUUCCCUUUCGUCAACCAUUCAAAAUUUGGAUAACCACGAAAACCCUCUACUAUUAUCGUCCAUCGCAAACUCCGACCCCUCAGAAGCACAGCUCUUUACUGCGAGAUCAUUUAUUGAAAUGAUUUAUAGUGACCCAUGGAACGAACGAGGUCGAGGUUCAAGGGCCCAGACUCCGAUGUCAGCUAUGUCGAGAUGUCAAACCCCGAUGACGGUACGGAGCCCUUUUGAUUCCCCAUUUCCUAUUUUACAUGCGGAUUCCUUCUCUGCUGGCCCCAUUUCGGAAGCAUUCAUCCCAAUGAAUUCAAACUUUACCCCUAGACAAGGUUCAUGCACGUCAACGAUUCGGCUUGUUUCUCCAAUGGAGUCAGUUGACUGUCCUGGAGAGAGUUGGACUUCUCCAAAGAGAAACCUUAUUCCUUCCCAAUUACCCUGUUGGAACCACCGCAAAUCUUCAACACGUGUAGCUAAGAUUACCUCUCACAAUAAACAGGAUUCGAUGUCUACUAUAAAUUUCCCUCGACGCCAUUUGCCUCAUCGGCCGAGUGCGCUCCCCCAAUUUCCCGAUGUGAGCGACUUUGCGAUUCCUAAUCCGCAUGAAGGGGCGACUGUGGUAUUAGUAUCGAUGUAUGAAGUAUAUAAUGAUCGAAUUUUUGAUCUCCUUACUCCCUCAAGUUCAGGAACGGGUUCAAGAGCGGCAUUGAACCAGAAAGAAAGACGGCGUCAUUUACUAUUUAAACCUACUGAAGGUUCACAGGAUCGUAAGGUCGUAGCAGGUUUGAGAAAGAUUGUUUGUGGCACGUACGAAGACGCACUGAUGGUUUUGGAGACGGGCUUGCUGGAACGAAAAGUGACUGGAACAGGAAGUAAUAGUGUUAGCUCACGAAGCCAUGGGUUCUUCUGUGUUGAGGUGAAACGGAGAGUCCGAGAUAGAAGGUUCGGGGAUGAAUCAUGGGUUGGAAAUACACUGACUGUGGUUGAUCUUGCUGGUUCCGAGCGAGCGAGAAAUGCAAAGACAGCAGGAGCGACGCUUGCGGAAGCUGGGAAAAUCAACGAGAGUUUGAUGUAUUUAGGCCAAUGUCUCCAAACACAGAGUGAUUUCCAGGACGGGAACAAAGCGCUUGUACCCUACAGGCAAUGCAAACUCACUGAGCUAUUAUUCUCCAAUUCAUUCCCUUCACCGAACCAUGGAGCAUCGUAUCCGAGGCACCCGCAAAGAGCACUUAUGAUCGUGACAGCAGACGCCCAGGGUGACUUUAACGCGACAUCUCAAAUCUUGCGCUAUUCCGCAUUAGCCCGCGAAGUCACUGUGCCUCGUAUACCCUCCGUUACAAGCACGAUUUUGGCCAGCACAGGGUGUGGAAGGAGAAGUCCAACUCACGCUAACACUACCAAGUCGAAAUCCAGUCUUUACUGCGCUUCAGCGGAAGAGCUGGAGACUGCAGCAUUGGAAAUUGCAAAGAUUAGUGAUGAUUACGAUGCUUUGGCCAUAAAACUGGCGGAAGAAGAAAUUGCGAGAGCAGAAGCUGAGUUCCAUUGGAGAGCAGCCGAGGAAAGGUGCAUGUUGAUUGAACAAGAUGUGCGGGAAGAGUGUUGGCAGGAGAUGGAACUGCGACUUGAGGAAGAGAAGCGACGAUGGCAAGCGGCUUGGGAUGAGCAGGAAUCACGUCAUGAUGAGCACCUGGAUAAAAAGUUGGACUUGCUGUCAAGGGGUGUAAGGAUCCACAACGACCCGCAAGCGUCUUCGGAAGACCAAAUAGCUGCAUUAGAGCAAGAAAACGAUACUCUCCGAAAGAGAAUCGCCAACCUCGAACGUGAACUACAUUCCCGCUCUCCCACCAAAAAGGCAACAAAAUCCAAGAAAAACAUCAUGCCGCAACUUCGGCAGGACUCGCCUGGCUGCGACUAUACCAGUUGUGAAGAUGACGUCGAGAACUCACUACUGAAGCUUCAACAUCUCAAACUAGAUUCAGAGAUUAAACGAAGCUCAGGAUCUAUGUCUACGCUCAGAAAAUCUCCCAAGGUGAGAAGACAGCGAAUGAUGACAGCAAGACAACGGGAUUUUGCUCCAGAGAGUGUCUUGGACGAAAUAGAGUAA